AUGUGGCGCCGCCUCCACACCCUAGCCCCCGCCUUGCGCAGGGCUACCGCCGCCGCCGCUUCCGGGGCCCCCGCGGCGCCCGCCUCCUCUGCUGCCCGCGCCGCGCCGCUCUCCUCGGCGGCCGCCGCCUUCCGCCGCACCAGCCCGCUCCUCUCAGGGGACAAGCCGGCGAAGGUGGAGGACGUCAUGCCCAUCGCCACGGGGCUCGAGCGGGAGGAGCUGGAGGCCGAGCUCGAGGGGAAGAAGCGGUUUGACAUGGAUCCCCCGGUCGGCCCCUUCGGUACCAAGGAGGCACCAGCUGUCAUCGAGUCCUACUAUAACAAGCGGAUAGUCGGUUGCCCUGGUGGUGAGGGAGAGGAUGAACAUGAUGUUGUAUGGUUCUGGUUGAAAAAAGAUGAGCCUCAUGAAUGUCCAGUCUGCUCGCAAUACUUUGUGCUUAAGGUCAUCGGUGAUGGUGGAGAUCCAGAUGGUCAUGAUGAUGAAGAUGAUGGACAUCACUAA